AUGGAUCCUAAGGCUUGUAAUAUUAUCCUCUUAAUCUCCAUUAUUUUGUUCUCAACAACCACCUCAAUUUAUGCCUUUAACAUAACUUAUUUUCUUGCACAACGCCCUGAAUUCAGCACCUACAAUGACCUCCUAGCCAAAUCCGGCGUGGCGGCGGCAAUCAACAAACAAGGCACGGUCACCGUCCUCGUGGUGGACAACUCGGCGGUGGCCCCACUCAUGGGCAUACCAAAAACAACACUUGAGUACAUACUUGCCACCCAAGUAAUCCUUGAUUACUAUGAUGCCGUAAAAUUAGGUGACUUGGAGAAGCCUGUAAAGGCCACCAACCUCUUCCAACAAACUGGGAGAACCACCGGAGGUCAGGGACAAACAAACAUUUCCAACACCGACGGUGAUACCUUUUUCGGGUCGACGGCUAAGGGGGCCCCACAAGACUCCAAGAUGGUGAAAGUUGUUGCUUCACAACCUUUCCAUAUUUCUGUGAUCCAAAUCAGUAAGCCUAUCAUUACUCCUGGUCUUGAACAAGGCCCACCCGCCCCCCCAACUAGCAGCCCAACGGUGGCCCCUCCUACUCCUACGGAGGCCCUAUCACCGGAAGCCGACGCCCCUGCUCCUGCCCCCGCCGAUGAUGAUGCUGCUGAUAGUCCAGAUGCCGAUAGUGAGGGCCCCGCUCCGGCUAGUGGCCCGGCACCAGGCCCGGCCCCACAAGGAGAUGAAGCUGAUAAGGAGGCACCUGCUAAGGCCGUCCCACAUAAGAAUGGUGGUGUAAGGUUGACUGUAGGCGGAGCUAUGGUUGCUGGUUUAAUGGGUUUGGUAGCAUUGUCACACUAA